CAGACAUCAUUCUAUGCAGAUCGGGAACUAAGAACCAUGUUGCAUGAAGCAAGGGACAGGCAGAAGUUCGUCAGUGAUGUUCAGUAUCUGCGGGACAUGCAGCACAAGGUGGACUCUGAAUAUCAGGCUUGUUUGAAACGACAAGAAUACAAAAAAGACCCAAAUGAGAAGAAACAGGAUCAGCUAUGGGGGAAAGACACGAGUGACAGAUCCCGGUUUUCAAGCGGGUCAUCAUCCAAGCAGAGUUCUAGUGAGGAGGACUCUCUAAGUGAACCCAGAUCAUCUACCAAACUACCUACGGCUAAGUGUGAGCCCAGACUUCCAGCCAUCGACCAAACUUCAGUCAAGCAGAAACACAAAAGUACCAUGACUCCAAAGAAGCCAGAGAAAGCGAGCCCCAGCAAACCCUCUCCAGCAGCACAGGCACCAAAGAUUUUAUCCAGGAAGAGGAGGCCAAACCUGGGGAGACUGACGGUCAGCCCGGAAAUGCACAGCCCGAGAACAUCUGGGGAGAGGAGCAGACAGAAGCCGCACCUGUCAGCAAAGACGCCGGCACUCCUGGGAGCAGACCCAGUCGUCCAACAAGACAACCUGAUGUGUGCAAAUGAGACCAAGCUAAAGAGGCCAGCUCGAGAGAGCAGAAACUUAGCCUCAUCCUCAGAGCUCGUGAGAACAGCUGGGAAGUCCCUCGAGAGACAGAGAAAAGGAGAUCCAAGUGUGCGACCUCAGAACGAGCCCCACGCUGCCCUCUUGCAGACCUUCCAGCGGAUGAACGGUUCCCAAGUGCCGAAUGAGCCCUUGGGACCUCCACUCCUACCCACCACCGUGGUGGGACCAAGAAGGGUACCAUUCAGGUUCCACGAUGAAGAUUUUUACUCAGCUUUAUCAUUAAACAAUGAACAAGAAGACUAUGACACGGAAGAAGAAACCCACAUGGAGGAGGAGCUUCUGCUGGUUAGGAUGCGGUCUCCGCCCAGCCAUAAGAGAAGCCGAUUUCUUGGCACAUCAGCCACUCAAAAUAGGAAUGUUGAGGAAAACGCUGAAAAUCUCAGAGGAAAUUUUGCGAGAUGGGGCGAGGCCAGUCCUGGAUCUCCAGGAAAAAGCAGAACCAUGGAGCCAGCAGCAAAGCCGCCUUCUGCUGAGCAAAGGAUGCUUCAAGCUAGCAGGCUACGUGGGGAGUUGGAGGAAGAGAACCCCAGUGGAGACCAAGAAGACACCAUGACUACUCCUUCAGGGGACGCCAAAUCUAAUGAUGUCAUCCGAGACAGCGCUGAAGAUGGAUCCAGUGACUGUCCUAUGGAAGAUAGGCCUACGGUUCACCAUUAUGAGAGAGACUGGCAAAAUUACUUAAGUGGUUCUAGGAAUUCGUUUGACUGCUUACUCUCCGGGAGACCCACAGCUCCCAGACCAUCCUUGAGUACAUCUUACAACACCCAUGGGUCACUGCUGCAUUCCGCUCUCAUAGAUGACAUCCCAGCAAGCUUGUCCAUGUCGUCUCUUCUAGUCCCCAGUUCAGAUAUGGAGGAAAACCUAAGGUUCAACGUACGCCGGCCACUCUCACCGAUCAGAAACAGGAAUCCACUGGCCACUGCUGAAAACCACAGUGAUGACAUGGGGGGAGCAGAGGAGACGGCUUCAACAAGCCGAGCUCAGGAGUCUCCACUAUUGGCAGGAGAUCUAUCAAACCCUCAAAGCGGCGUGACCUUGGGGAAUUCUCCCAGUUCUUCUGCGAGAAGACAUUUACAAGGCCACUUCUACAUGCCUGGGUCCCUGCAAGAAAACAUACCGUUUACUUUCUUUGCAGUGUCUGAUUUUCCGAAUCAAAAUGAUCAUGAGGCCACCUUUAGAGUCUCUGCUGUCAUGGAUGAAAAGGGGGCCACAGAGAUAAAGACAGACCCUGAGAAACUCCGGAAACUACAAGAAAGUCUCCUGGAGGAGGACUCGGAGGAGGAGGAGGGAGACUUGUGUCGCAUCUGUCAGAUCGCUGGGGGUUCCCCAACCAACCCCCUCCUGGAGCCCUGCGGCUGUGUGGGAAGCUUGCAGUUCGUUCACCAAGAGUGUCUGAAAAAGUGGCUGAAAGUGAAGAUAACGUCAGGAGCAGAUCUGGGUACUGUAAAGACCUGUGAGAUGUGUAAACAAAACCUGCUGGUUGACCUGGACGACUUCAACAUGACCGACUUCUACCGCAAGCAUCAGCAAUCCCGGGCACAGAGUGAGCUGAUGAACUCGGGCUUGUACCUGGUGCUGCUGCUUCACCUGUACGAACAGAGGUUCGCAGAACUCAUGACGCUCAACUACAGUCGGGCUUCCAGAGAGAGGUUGUCAAGAAAUUACCCACAACCCAGACCGGAAGAAAAUGAAAGUUCCGAGACGGGAGACGGUAAUGAAAGCAGUGUUUACCCGGGCCGGGUCAUCUAGGAGGGAGCUGGUCAUGGAGCUCAACAGAGACCCCUCCACCCAGAAGCCCUUCCUGUGCCCCCCUGUGCCUCCCUUCUUCCCUCCUCUUUACUGAAACUGAAGCCAGUGUGCUCAUAGAUACCGUUCUCACCUGCGCCACUCCGUUCAGGGGCAGCCACAGGGACUAACCUCGUCCCAGCUAAGACAAGCAAAACUGCCAAGUCCCGAGUGGGCUUCCCUGUUGCUGCCCCUCAGCCCAGCAGCCCAAGUGGACCCGGCAACUCUAGCAGCCCAACCGCCUGGGCUCCUACUGCUGAGGGUCCCUA